ACGACCUUGACAUUUUGUAUGGACCACAGGAUUGAUUCACCUUCAUAGUUUUGCAAAUAAUUUUAAGUAGCAUGGCAUCAGAUAGUGGCGAUGAUAACGAAGGACAUAGAUAUGAAAAAUUAGCGCUUGCACUUUUUAAGGUGCUUGAUGGUCCAGUAACUGCAUUACGAGAAAAGUUUGUGGAGCCUAUUCAGAGCCGAAACAAGUACCCUUACUACCAUCGCCGUUUCCGACGAGUGCCAACCAUUGAUGAAUGUGAAUUUAAUGAUGCUGUCUGCAUCUACGAAGCGGAGUCACAGUACAGGAGAGACAAAAUGGUAGACGAGCAAAUUGUGAAAAUUCUACGAAACCGGAAAAAUGAAUGCAAGUUUUGGGAAGGUCCAGAUGCUAAAGUGAAGUGCAGGAAGGUUUCAGAAGACUAUGACAAAGCAGCUACCAACUGGUUUAUAAAAUAUGGUGACAUCGGAGCCAAUGCUAACGUCAUUAGCGCUUACAUGAAACAGAAACAUCGUCUUAUCUGGGAGAGACGAAACCCAGAGUCCAUAAUGAGGUCAUGAGAUGGGGAUGUGCUUAGUGCUUGUUUCGUUUGUGUUUGUGGAAUUAUUACUAGACUUUAGUGUUGACUUUAAUCAAGAACUGACACACAAAGUUAUAUCUCUCAUUAUGACUGUGCUCGUGAAAUAAAUUGUUUACUUUUGUCGACUGGGA